AUGGCUGGGCACUURCUGCUACACAGUCUGCUCCUGUCACUUCCUUUGAUUGCUGGCUGGACUGCUUCCAAUUGCCUAGUGACGGAAGGCUCCUGGCUGCCCCUGGUCUCCCGCUUCUUCCUGAACUGCCCCUUGAAUUCCAGACUGCCCUUCCUUGCUAUAUGCACCAAGGUGACCAACCUGACACAGGCCUUGGAAGCUGUGCCUCAGAGGGUGGAGGGGCUCUGUCUUGCUGGUUCCAUUUCUGUUCUGCCCCAGGAUGCCUUCUCCAACUACCCUGGACUCAAGGUUCUGGGGUUGAAUUUGCGUCUUACCCGACUCCUGCCAGGAGCUCUCCGAGGCCUGGGUCAGCUGCAGGAGCUCUCUUUUAUGGCUCCUCAGUCUAAGAACUACCUCUUCCUACACCCCAAUGCCCUUGAUGACCUGAGAUCCCUCCAAAAACUCAAUUUCUUGGGCCCCUGUCUGGACAGGAACUCAAGUAUCCAAUUGCCUACCAGUCUACGUCAGCUGGCCGUUAGGUUCAGUUGCCUUCAGGAUGUGGGGGAACUGGAUGACAUCUUCCCAGAUCUGGCUCAUACUCCCUUCUCUGGGGAUGCCCGGACCCUGGAUGUAUUGGAUCUAUCAUUCAACUGGCAGCUGAAGAUGGCCAGUCCUGGGGCCCUCCAGGGCCUCAGGCUGGGGACUUUGCAUCUGGACCACACAAAGAUGGAUGCAGCUGCAGUGUUGAGUCUGGGACUGCAGAAGCUCAAGAGUCUGUCGGUGUUCUUCACUGUCACGGCUGAGCUGCCUGCUGAGACGGUGGCUCACUUUGAGCUGCAGGAACUGCAGGUGGGAAACAAACAGAUAGGGCACAUAACUCUGGAAGCCCUGGCUUCCUGCCACAGCUUGCAGAGUUUAGUUCUUCAGAACGGUGGCCUAACUGAUCUGCCACCAAAUUUCCUGACUGCCAUGCCCAGGCUUCAGAGAUUGAACCUGGCUGGAAACCAACUGCAGAGGGUCAGGCUGUGCAUGAAUGAGACAGGAUUUGUGUCAGGACUGUGGACCCUGAAUCUGUCUGACAAUAGGCUGCUCGCCUUGUCCCCAGCCACCUUCUCUUGUUUGUCCCACCUGCGGGAGCUGCUACUUCAGAGAAACCAGCUGGUGAGCUUGGAGGGCGAGGUAUUCCAGGACCUAUGGAAGCUGGAGAUCUUGGACUUGAGUACAAAUCCAUUGGUAAACCUGGGUGGGGGCUGGCUGGCUCCUCUGCCUUCACUGACCACUCUAAACCUUCUCAACACCCACAUAUUGUUUAGGCCAACCUGGGGCUUCUGGGGCCCAGAGAGUUUGCACCACUUGAGACUGCAGCUCCCCUCUGCCCCUGCUGGGGUAGCAUUAUCCCUGCCUGAAAGGCUGACCAGCUUGGAGCUUCAGGCAGUCCCAGGCAUGAAGCACCGGAAGCUGUUUCCUAAUGUCUUUCCAAUCUUAGAGACUCUGACUUUAGAUGGCUGGGGACUGCACCUGRAGACCCAGAACAUCUCGGAAAUCUUCCCGGCCCUUCGUCAACUCACCCUUCUUGGCAGUAGCCUGGAGGCCCUCUGCUCUCAGGACACCUCCAGCUUCUUCCUCUGGCAGCUUCCCGGGCUCCAGUCCCUGAAGGUACGCGGAGAUGGGCACAGCCCCAGGCCCUGCUGCAUUACAGGGCUGCCCAACCUCCUGGAGCUGAAGCUGGAUGCCUUGAAGUACAGAGCUCGGCCCCGCCCAGUGCAGCUCCAGGAGCUGGUGGGUGAGCUGCCACGGCUCCGCGUGCUGCAGCUGGCCAGAACAGGGUUGGAGACACUAUCUGCUGCCGCUUUCCAGGGCUUAGGCAGUCUCCAGGUCUUAGUGCUGGACUGGGAGAAAGGCCUUGUGCUGGAUGGUAGUCUACAGGAGCGGAGUCCUCAGAUGCCCCAAUAUGUGUACAUUCUGACUUCGUCCUUGGCCUGCCGGUGUGCCAAUGCAUGGCUGGAGCCCUGGUUUGAACGGUCCCCCAGAACAUACAUGUGGGUACAACCACCACAGCUGUGCCCGGCAGAAUCAGGGGGCCCCUCCAAGAAUCCUCUUUUCCCCUUUCUCUUGAACCACUGCCAGGAGACCUUGGAGUUGGAACUCUUUUGGGGCAGCUUCGCCUUGCUGCUGCUUCUGAUCUCCUUGCCCCUUCUACAGGAAGCCAGGAACUCCUGGGUCCUCUAUGUCCAGGCCUUGUUCAGGGCUUGGUUCCAGGGCCUGAGGGGUCAGAAGAAUGAGGGCAAGAAUUUCCUCUAUGAUGUGUUCGUGUCUCACUGUAGGCAAGAUCAGGGCUGGGUGGUGCAGGAGCUGCUGCCUGCCCUGGAGGGCUGCCCUCCGGCKGGCCAGGGCCUGCGUCUUUGCCUCCCUGAGCGAGAUUUUGAGCCAGGAAAGGAUGUGGUGGACAAUGUGGCAGACAGCAUGGCCAGCAGCCGAAUCACACUCUGUGUGCUGAGUCACCGGGCCCUACAUACACCUCGCUGCCGUCUGGAGCUGCGCCUGGCCACUUCACUCCUGUUGGCUGCCCCUCACCCCCCAGUGCUGCUGUUGAUCUUCCUGGAGCCCGUCUCCCGCCACCAGCUGCCCCGCUACCAUAGACUGGCCCGGCUGCUCCGCCGAGGAGACUAUUGCGUAUGGCCCAAAGAAGAUGAAGGAAAGGACAGCUUCUGGGCUUGGUUGAGGGGCAGGCUGGGGCAGCCCCGGUGCAGGUAG